CAACUCCAGGUGGUUCCAAUUUGUGCUUUUGAAAACAGAGAAAUGAAAAAACAAACUCAACGGAAACAGCCUUCUUCUGUUUCAGAAAACAUACAAGAACAGCUUUUCGUUUCCUUCUUUAUUUUCCAAUUCAUCGUCUUCCUCUCUCUCCAAGGUUUGUUUCCUCAACAAACGUAACCUCCAAUUUAUACUCCUCCUCCUCCUUCUUCUCCAUCAUAUCUCUACCAAAACCUCGUAACUCACGCUUUCAGUAUCAGAAUCCCCAAUCGUAAACCCCUCGAUUUAGCAAACCCAGUUUUGGGAGUUGGUUUUUUUUUCCUUCUCGAUUUGCUUUUCCCCGUAACAAGAAAAAGAGAGCACAUUUCAUAUCCUUAGCUCGCCGUCCGUACGAAUCCCAAUUCAGCUUUCGCUUUCGUUUGUUUUUGGGUUUUGACCUUUCAGUUUCAUGAUAGAUUUUGAAGAAUUGGACCGGGAUUUUCGGACACUUCUAUCUUAGGGUUUUUGGGUUCUUUGUCUUUUGUUUUUCGCAAUGCAAUGCUGGUUUUGAAUUGGCUCGGAGUCCCAGUCUGAGAGGUUGAAUUGAGAAUUUGAGGUGUGAAUUUCGGUGAAUUUGGGGGAGAGGGUGGGUCUGCAUAGACUGAAUCCCUAGCUUUUUGUUGUGAAAAUGAUGGUAUCGGCGUCUCCGUCGCUGAUAGCGAGGAGCUCGUUAGAGGAAAUGUUGGAUUCGCUUCGGCGAAGAGAUGAGGGCGAGAAGCCGAAGGAAUUGCCCCCGGCAUUGCCAGCUCGGCCCACUUCCAAGGCUCGGCUGCCGUCAGCGCGCCGGUCUUUGCCCAACAACUUCAAGGUCGAAGACGCAGAGGGGUCGCCAGAGUGUUUGUCUAGUCUGAACAAGAGGAAAGAGAGAGAUUCAGGGUUCAAGGCAGGUCAUUUUGGUGUCAAGAGGAUGGAUAAAGAUCAGAAUGUUGAGUCUCCGUACGAUGGAGCACCGGAGGAGUGUCAAAUUCGGCCAGAGAAGAUUGGAAAGUCGGAUUGGGAUGACAACAUUGGUUAUUUCAUCAAUAAGAAACUUCAUGUUUGGUGUCGGCUACGCAGUGGGCUGUGGGAGUUAGGAACAAUUCAGUCAACUUCAGGGGAUGAGGCAAUUGUUUCACUUUCUGAUGGAAAUGUAAUCAAGGUGUGCAGAGUUGAGCUCUUACCUGCAAACCCAGAUGUUCUGGAAGGCGUUGAUGAUCUUAUGCAGCUUAGUUAUUUGAAUGAGCCUUCUGUUCUUUACAAUCUUCAAAGUAGAUAUUCUCAGGACGUGAUUUAUAGCAAAGCAGGGCCAGUUUUGAUUGCAAUCAAUCCUUUCAAAGAUGUCCAAAUUUAUGGAGAUGAUUUUGUCACAGCUUACAGGCAGAAACUAGCAGACAAACCUCAUGUUUAUGCCAUAGCAGAUAGUGCUUAUAAUGAGAUGAUAAGAGAUGAUGUAAAUCAGUCCAUAAUCAUAAGUGGGGAAAGUGGAGCUGGGAAAACUGAGACAGCAAAAAUUGCAAUGCAAUACUUGGCUGCUCUUGGUGGUGGAAGUUGUGGCAUAGAGCGUGCAAUCCUUCAGACUAGCUGUAUACUGGAGGCGUUUGGAAAUGCAAAAACAUCCAGAAAUGACAAUGCUAGCCGAUUUGGGAAGUUGAUUGAAAUUCAUUUUAGCACACUGGGAAAAAUAUGUGGUGCCGAAAUCGAAACAUUUUUUUUGGAUAAGUCAAGAGUCGCUCGAUUGGAAGAUGGUGAGAGGUCGUACCAUAUCUUUUAUCAACUCUGUGCUGGCGCUCCAUCAAUGCUUAAAGAGAAGCUAAAACUUAAAAGGGCUAGUGAGUACAAGUAUCUUAAUCAGAGUAAUUGCUUGGCAAUUGAUGGUGUAGAUGAUGCAGAGAAGUUUCGUAUGCUCAUGGAAGCACUAGACAUUGUUCGAGUUUCUAAGAAAGAUCAAGAACAUGUUUUUUCAAUGCUGGCUGCAGUAUUAUGGCUGGGAAACAUAUCAUUUCAAGCAACUGAGAAUGAAAAUCAUGUGGAAGUGUUGGCUGAUGAAGCUUUAACCAAUGCUGCCAUGCUGAUGGGUUGUAGUUCCCAGGAUCUGAUACUAGCUUUAUCCAUCCAUGAAAUCCAUGGUGCCAAUGCUAGUAUUGACAAAAGAUUGACAUUGCAACAGGCAAUUGAUGCAAGGGAUGCAUGGGCAAAAUUUAUCUAUGCGAGUUUGUUUGACUGGCUUGUAGAACAAAUUAACAAGUCACUUGCAGUGGGAAAAUGCCGUUCUGGGAGAUCCAUCAGUAUACUUGAUAUUUACGGGUUUGAGUCAUUUCAGAAGAACAGCUUUGAACAAAUGUGCAUUAAUUAUGCAAAUGAGAGGCUGCAACAACAUUUCAACCGGCAUUUAUUUAAGCUUGAGCAGGAGGAGUAUGAACUGGAUGGGAUUGAUUGGACUAAAGUGGAUUUUGAAGACAACCAAGAGUGCUUGAAUCUCUUUGAGAAGAGACCUUUAGGGCUACUAUCUUUGUUGGACGUGGAGUCAAACUUCUCCAAGGCAAAUGAUUUGACUCUUGCUGAUAAAUUUAAGCAACACUUGAAUGCUAAUUCUUGCUUUAAAGCAGAAAGAGGCAGAGCUUUCAGUAUUCGUCAUCAUGCUGGAGAGGUUCUAUAUGACACAAGUGGCUUCCUCGAAAAGAACAGAGAUCCUUUGCCCUCAGUUUCCAUCCAACUCCUAUCAUCAUGCAGUUGCCAACUUCUGCAGUUGUUUGCCUCCAAAGUGGUUAAGCAGUUCCAGAAACCUGAAAAUACUUCGUGCCAGAUAAAUUCAUUGGAUCCUCCAAAACCAAGCACUGGUAUUAAGUUCAAGGGUCAAUUAUUUAAACUAAUGCACCAUUUGGAGGGCAGCAGACCUCACUUCAUUUGCUGCAUAAAGCCAAACAGUAAGCAGCUUCCCGGUGUGUACGAAGUAGACCUUGUUUUACAACAACUUAGGUGUUGUGGAAUUUUGGAGGUUGUCAGGAUAACACGAUCUGGAUAUCCUACUAGAAUGACACAUCAAGAGUUUGCAGGAAGGUACGGUUUUCUACUUUUGGGGGCUGGCAUACCUCAGGAUCCAUUAAGUCUAUCGAUUGCUGUUCUAAAACAAUUCAAUGUCCUUCCUGAAAUGUAUCAAAUUGGCUAUACAAAAGUGUAUCUUCGAACAGGGCAGAUUGCUUUAUUGGAGGAUAAGAGAAAGCAAGUUCUGCAAGGAAUAAUUGGUAUUCAAAAAUACUUCCGUGGUAAUCAGGCUCGUGACCAUUUCCAUCAACUUAAGGAAGAUGUUCUUGGUGAAAAAGCUGGAAGGAGAGCUGGUGCUCGUGAAACUCUUGAUGACCCGCAAAACUCGAAGAAGUUACAUCCUGAGAAUGCGAAAUUUAAACAAAAGGCUGGCAGGAAGAAUUCAGAAGUGAAGGAUUUGCCAUCAGAUUUGGCAGAGCUUCAAAGGCGGGUGCUUCAGGCUGAAGCGACUCUGAAGCGAAAGGAAGAGGAAAAUGCUGAAUUGCAGGGGCAACUACGACAAUUUGAGACAAGAUGGUCAGAAUAUGAUGCAAAGAUGAAAUCUAUGCAGGACGUGUGGCAAAAGCAGAUGGCGUCUUUACAAACGAGUCUUGCUGCAGCCCGAAAGAGUCUUGCUUCUGACAAUACUGCUGGUCAACCUGGAAGACUAGUUGUUCCUUCAUCACCUCGCUGUGAUUCUGAAGAAGCCUUGUCCAUGGGAUCUCGAACUCCUGGUGCAAGCACACCCAAUAAUGGAGGAGGGCGUGAGACUAACGGUACUUUGCAUGCAGUCAGCAAUCUGAUGAAGGAAUUUGAGCAGCGGAAACAGCAUUUUGAUGAUGAUGCGAAAGCUCUAGUGGAGGUAAAACCUGGGCAUUCAGGUGUAAAUAUGAAUCCUGAGGAAGAGCUACGAAAACUUAAACACCGAUUUGAGUCAUGGAAGAAAGAGUACAAGGCAAGAUUACGGGAGACAAAGACAAAGGUUCAUAAACUUUGGCAUUCAGAAGAGGAAAAAAGGCGUAGUAGGAAAUGGUGGGGAAAGAUAAGCUCAAGAGCAUCCUAGUAUUGGUGAAUCGUAGCAUCUUAGAGGAUGAUUGGAGAAAGUAAUUUUCUCAGUACAUGGCCUCUCCUUCUUCAGCAGCUGCUCCCUUGUUUAUGCAUAUGGCAUCACAUAUUGAUGAAUCCUUGGUGUGGGGCAGUUUAGGGAGAGAAAUUUGUAUAUCUACCAAAAUUUUGUGACUUGGUGGAAAUAUGGAUAAUUAUGUGAAUAGCCAGUUAGGGAAAUUGUUAUGCGUUUUCAGCCGCUAUUUCUUCUUUAAAUAGCUUAGCUAAUUUGUGUAUAAUCUGUCGGUACUGGUUUAACGCCCUACCAUGUAGAUCUUGUUACUGAAGAUAUGGAAGAGAAAAGUUCAUAUUGCCUCGUGUA